AUGUGGAAUAUCAACAAUUAUCCGCUUGUGUUCUCGCCGCAUGCUCGAACUGUGGACGACGCGCGUGGACUCGUACUCGCGACGUGGCCGGACGCGCGUCCGUCCGCCGAGGAGAUAAUGAGCCCGCAUCCGGCCUCCAGUAACAAUAUCAGCCUUGUUCGGCGAAUGGGGCUGCGUGAUAAACAAAUGCGCCGAACGCCGGCC